GAUUCAAUGUUUAUUGAUUCAGAGGUGUAUUUGCACAGGCUAGGUAACAUCUGCAAAAUUAAUACCUUAUUAUGUGUAUUACCUGUAAUUUCUUACCAGGAAGUUAUUUAUUCCGUACAGAAUAAAGCCUUAAAUCGGGUUUCGUUUUAAUGGGAUAAUUCUUUAGUGAAAGAUUUACAAGUCCAACUUGAAUGAUGACAGCGAAGAUUCAACUGGUUGCUGCAUUCGACUUAGGGACCACGUACAGCGGUUAUGCGUUUUCCUUUCAAUGUGAGCGGCUCAAAGUGCAGACAAACAGGAGUUGGCAUUCCGAAAAUCUCAUCUCUCAUAAGACCCCAACAAGCGUGCUUUUAAACCCAAAGGGCGAGUUUGACUCUUUUGGUUUUAAAGCUGAGGACAGCUAUGCGAGUAAAGCCGAAGACAAUGAACACGAAGGAUGGCGAUUGUUCAGGCGUUUUAAGAUGGUUUUACACAACAACAAGCACCUUUCCAGAGCCACAUCUGUUGAUGAUAUAGAAGGCAACUCUCAUCGAGCCCUACCAAUCUUCUCCAUGGCGAUUAGGUUUCUACAUAAACAUCUCCUGCAGGCGGUAGAAAACCAGCCAGUGGAGCUUUUAGAGGAAGAAAUUUCCUACGUCAUUACAGUGCCCGCUAUCUGGGAUGAUAGUGCCAAGGCGUUUAUGAGAACGGCUGCUAGAGAGGCUGGUCUCGAUGAAACCCGAGUAACACUGGCUCCCGAACCGGAAGCAGCCUCGAUCUGGUGUGAAACACUCGAUGUUGACACAAAGGCUGCGCUAGCCGAAACCGGAAAUCAGUAUAUGGUCAUUGAUUUAGGAGGUGGCAGCGCAGAUAUUUCUUUCCGGGAGAAGAAAGGGAUCGGCACUCUGAAGGAAGUACAUCAGCCGACCGGUGGACCAUGGGGUGGCAUCUAUGUUGACGCAAACUAUCUCAAAUUCUUGGAACACAUUUUCGGAGAGCAGACCAUAACUACACUAAAGAACGAGGGAAUGGCCGACUACUUUGAUUUUAUUAGAGAUUUUGAAACAAAGAAACGUACCUUUAGUAAACAUGCAAAAGGCAAAAUUGUGUUCAAAAUAUCUGCUAACACUAGGGAUCUUUCCAAGAAGUUCACAGGACAAAAUCUAGAGCAGAGGAUAUGCAGCCUUGGAUUUGGUGAGUCAGUUAUUGUGAAAAGAGACAAGUUGCAAGUUGAAUCUGACAUCGUCCGUACUUGGUUUGACGAUCCUAUAGACAAUCUUAUUGGUCACUUAAUGAGUCUUCUCAAGAACCGCAAGUUGGGAGCUGUGCAGACCGUCGUGCUUGUUGGUGGUUUCGGUGGUAGCGCGUACGUUCAGGAGAGACUAAGGGCUGCGUUCCCAGACAAGCGUCUGAUUCUCCCUGAUGAGGCUGAGCUCGCCGUGCUGAAAGGGGCUGUCAUAUUUGGCUACAAUCCAUUGGUUGUGGUAGAAAAAGAAAAAACUGAUUCCACUCUCCUCGUUGCUGCGUUCGACUUUGGGACAACGUACAGCGGUUAUGCGUUUUCCUUCAAAAAUGACCCGCUCAAAGCGCAGACCAACCAUACUUGGAGUUCAAGAGCAGCAGGACAAUUUAUCUCACUGAAGACGUCAACAAGCGUGCUUUUAAAUCCUGAGGGCGAGUUUGACUCGUUUGGCUUUGAAGCUGAAGACAACUAUGCGAGUAAAGCGGAAAAUGACGAACACGAAGGAUGGAGAUUGUUCCGGCGUUUUAAAAUGUUUUUACAAAACAAGGUGCUUUUCAGAGACACAACGGUGGAGGACAUUGAAGGCAACUCUCAUGAAGUUCUACCAAUCAUCGCCAUGUCGAUCAAGUUUCUACACAAACAUCUCCUGAAGGCGGUAGCAAACCAGAUGAUUGGUUUGCUAGAGGAGGAAAUUUCCUACGUCAUCACGGUGCCCGCCAUCUGGAAUGACGAGGAAAAGGAGUUAAUGAGAACGGUUGCCGAAGAGGCUGGUCUCGAAGGAACUCGAGUAACACUUGCACUUGAGCCGGAAGCUGCCUCGAUCUGGUGUGAGACACUCGAUGUUGACACAAGGGCUGCGCUGGCCGGAGCUGGAACUCAGUAUAUGGUCAUUGAUCUAGGAGGUGGCACCGCUGACAUUUCUAUCCAUGAGAAGAACCAGGACGGCACUCUGAAGGAAAUACAUCAGCCGACCGGUGGACCAUGGGGUGGCAUCUAUGUUGACGCCAACUAUCUCAAAUUCUUGGAAAACAUUUUUGGAAAACAGGCUAUAACUGCACUAAAGACCGAGGACAUGGCCGAUUACUUUGACAUUAUCAGGGAAUUUGAAAUAAAGAAAAAAACAUUAAACAAACAGAUAAAAGGCAAAUUUACGUUCAAAAUAUCUUCAACCACUAAGAAGCUUUCCAAAAAGCUGACAGGCCAGAAUCUAGAGCAGAGGUUAGGCAGCCUUGGAUAUGGUGAGUCAGUUAUUGUAAAAAGAGACAAAUUGCGAGUUGAACCUGAAAUCGUUCGUACAUGGUUUGACGGUCCUAUAGAUAAUAUUAUUGGUCAUGUUCAGAACCUUCUCAGGGAGUCCACGCUGAGAGCGGUGCAGACCGUUGUGCUGGUUGGUGGUUUUGGAGAGAGCGCGUACGUCCAAGAGAGGAUGAGGGCUGCGAUCCCAGACAAGCGUCUGAUUGUCCCUGCUGAGGCGGAUCUCGCCGUGCUGAAAGGAGCCGUCAGGUUUGGACACAACCCAGCGAUCAUCACAUCAAGGGUCAUGAAAUACACGUACGGAGUUGAGGCAAACUGUCAAUAUGAUGAGAAAAUUCACAGUGAAGACGUAAGAUACUUAGAUAAAGACGGAAAAUGGCGUGUCCAUGAAGCCUUCGAUGUAUUCGUUCGCGUAAACGAAAAUGUUCCCGUUGACCACCAAAUUACCAGGAAAUACACACCUAAUGGAUAUAACUCAUCUACACCCAUCUACCGGACGAUAGCAGAAAACCCCGUGUACGUGACCGACCCCGGCUGUGUGCUACUCUAUACAGUGGUGGUAGAGCUACCCCGGGACAUCCCUCUCUCUGAGCUUAGUUUCGAUACAACAUUCAUGUUUGGCGGUACGAAGCUUGUGGUGAAAAAACGUGUGAGAGAGACCGGAGAAGAGCUGAUCUUGAAACUUAAUUGUCUUAAAUAAGCUACAACGCACACCAAGAAUUUACUAUAUGGACUUGAAAACACAAUGAGCGCAAACAUAUUAUCGAAAUAGAUUAUUCUCUUUUUGUCUGGGCAUACAGUUAUAUUAACUUAAAACGAAACGACGUUAUAGUGCUGAUCGUGUGAGAAAAACGGACAGGAGAAUAUCUUAAAGUUUAUUUGCUAUAAAUAGGCUACAACUGACCCCAAGAACCUGUGAUGUGAACCUGCGAAAUACAACGACAUAUACAUAUCUUAUUAACAAGUCUUGAUUCCUUUCGAUCCGAUUAUGUUUAAAUGCAUGUAUUUGGAAACGACUAGAUGCUGGCGUUACUAACAUUAUGAAACUAAAUUACCUUCUAUGAUUUUAAUCAUGUCUAUAUAGUCAUAUAUAAUGUAUACUUAUGUCUAUUUUUUGGUAUGGGUGACGUUUAACUGUGUGUCUGCAAAAAGCAAGCAUAUUAUGAUAACAUUAUAUCCACAAAACGAAAAACAUUAUAAUUACAUAUGAUUUUAUAGAUCAUCAGGGUUAAGACGUAUCCACUGCCUGGUGACCUUUAAAACAGAAUUUCACAAAUAAACGAGAAAACUAGAGAAUAUCGAAAUCGUUUGACGUAAAGUAAUGUUCAGCUUAUUCCUCUUUGGGUUCUAUGUAAAUUUAUGUUACUUUUCCUGCAAAUUGUAAUUGCUUGUUUUUUAUAAUUGAGAAUAAAAGUAUGUUUGGUG